UGGGGAGAGGAGCCCAGCCCACAGUUAGUGCUUGGAAGCAUAGACCAGACUGACCACAUCUGCCACAUCACCCGAGAUCUGCUAGCAUGGCCAACCAGCUGACUGAGGAGCAAAUCGCCGAGUUCAAGGAGGCUUUCUCUCUGUUUGACAAGGAUGGGGAUGGCUGCAUCACCACCCAAGAACUGGGCACUGUCAUGAGGUCCCUGGGUCAGAACCCCACAGAGGCUGAGCUCCAAGACAUGGUGAACGAAAUCGACAAGGAUGGAAACGGCACCGUGGACUUCCCCGAGUUCCUGACCAUGAUGUCCAGGAAGAUGAAAGACACCGACAGCGAGGAGGAGAUCCGGGAGGCCUUUCGGGUGUUUGACAAGGACGGCAACGGCUUCGUCAGCGCAGCUGAGCUGAGGCACGUGAUGACCAGGCUUGGGGAGAAGCUGAGCGACGAGGAGGUAGAUGAAAUGAUACAGGCGGCGGAUACAGACGGCGAUGGGCAAGUGAACUAUGAGGAGUUUGUUCACAUGCUAGUGUCCAAGUGAGGCUGCGCCAGAAACUGGUACAGCCAGGUGCCCACGAGGCUCCUGGGCUCCAAGCUUAGCUGGGUAAUAGCUACCCUCACUGUGGCAGGAAUUUUACCCAGGCCUUAGCUGUCUUUCCCUGUUUCCCAGCUUCCUCUGGGCUCUAUGGACUGCACCCACAAGUCUGCCUUUCACUUUCUGCAUCUUAUUCUGCCAACUUCCUACCAGCUCGUUCCCCUUGACUGAGAAGGCCUCCGGCUGAGACAGGCAUCAACUCCUCCUAGCCGGCAAGAGCUGAAGCAGAAAGUCCCAUCUCUGUGUGGACAAUGAGCCGAAGGACCCACACUCCUAUUUGUUUGUUUGCUUGUUUGUUUUUUUCCUUUUCUUCUUUUUCCCGUUUCCAACAGAAAUGAUCUGUCACCACCACCCAACGCAUCAAGGUGGCCUGUGGCCAUCAGUGCACACGUCAUAGUUCUUGUACAUCUUUGGCUGAAGACUCCAUCUGUUGAAUUUGGAAAGGAUCUGAGGAUUGGGACGAAGGGCAAUGGUGGAGGUUUUAAUGACUGAGGUUAGACUGUGUGGAAAAUAUCCCCUCCCUUCUGUGCAGACUUGCUUGCUCCUUCCUGUCUCAAUCAAACCUCUGUGAUCCUGGUUUUUUUGUAUGUUUGUUUUUGGGUUGGUUUUUGUUUGCUUGCUCUUGUUUUUGUUUUUCUUUGUUUGGCUUUUGAGCUGAGAGUAAAGCUGGGGGGUCAUUGUAGCAUGUUUGUAUCCAUCUAGAAGGAAAGAAAUUUAAAUACAAGAGAGAGGGAAGCUUCAGGGGAAUAAAUGAGUAAAUGACA